UAGUGCAUCCUAAUAUUUCGGGAAUGGAAGGACAAAAUCAAUUUUCAGUUCAAGCAAGGGAAAGUGUUAAAUCGACAAUAAAGGGAUUGAAAUCCGAAAAAGAGAUGCUGGAAAGAAACGUAAACGAGAGACAAAAUUUUAGUAAAAAUUUGUUGUUUGAAGCUGGUAAAAUCCGUAAACCACUGACUGAAAGGAUUGCAGGAAAAGUAAAAUUAGAACAAAGGCAAGAAAAGAAUAAAAAUUUUCAAAGGGAAAAAAUGGAAAAAAAAGCGUUCUCCGUUAUUUCACGGACAGCCAAGAAUAUUCUGACAAUGAGCUUGCAUCAAGCUUAAGUGGCAGUCUUUAUCCUGGAGCGGAAUAUUAUACCCAAUUUUCCGUUGCCCGACUAGAGAUGUCAGCACUGAUUGGAAUCGGAUCAGUACAUCCUGGUUUCGGUCCCGUCAUUAACGACGUUUUGUCCUUCCAAUACCCUAUUUGCAUUUCAUCUUGUCAUGAUUUUAUAUCUUCCAAUACUAGUAUUUUUAUCGCUGUGCUAUCAGCGCCUUCCAAUUUCCAGAAGCGAAACUUAAUUCGACAGACAUGGAAAAAUCAUUUGAAAGUUUUACAUCAGGAGGGUUUGUUGGAAAUAGCUGGUUUCGGAUUUAUUUUAGGACUAACAGAUAACAGUGUUAUUCAAAGCAAAAUUGAAGAAGAAAGCAAAAUAUAUGGCGAUUUAAUGCAAAUCAGAAUAUCAGAUUUUUAUCGGAAUUUAUCUCUAAAAGUCGCCGGCCUACUAAACUGGUUGUACAGAAUGUGUGCCAAUAUUGACUUUGUUCUGAAGGUUGACGACGAUGUCUAUGUCAACGUACGAAACUUAGCGCAAUUUGUUCAUACUUAUCGACAGUUCAGUCACAGUGUGUUUGGUGCUGGAGACCCCAAUGGGGGUUGGCCUGAUCGAGAUGGUAAAUGGGAAAUAUCCUACGAGGAAUGGCCAUGGAUCGAUUAUCCUCCAUAUAUUUUGGGGGCUGCCGUUCUAAUGCAUGGGAGCACAAUCGUUCCCUUAUUUGCUGCUUGUCAAACUACACCAAUGAUGCCCUUUGAUGAUGUUUACCUAUAUGGUAUAUGUAGGGGAGACCGGGGCUAG